AUGGCUUCUUCGAGUGAGGUCUACGAUUAUAUCGUUUGCGGAGGUGGCACAUCCGGAUGCGUGGUGGCUGCUCGUCUCGCAGAGAAUCCGGAUAUUAAAGUCCUUCUCAUCGAAGCGGGUCAACACAACCGAGACUUGGAGAAUGUACACAUGACAGGCGGGUGGUCGAACAACUUUGACUGCGAGACCGAUUGGAAUGUAGUUACUCCUCCGAUGCCUGGCGUGGUCAAUAGGCAGGUAAAACUGAGCCGUGGCCGGUUUUUGGGCGGAUGCAGUGGCUGUAAUGGCACGCUGUGCAUUCGUGGGAACAAACAGGACUACGAUGAUUGGGGACUGGAUGGAUGGAGCGGCGAGGACUUUUUCAACUACAUGAGGAAGGCAGAGACAUUCCAUCCCAAAUCCUGGUUCAAUGCCGACAAAGAAAGUCAUGGCUACUCAGGACCAUUGCAUACCGAGCCGCACGACCUUGCACCUAUCUCGAACCUUCUCAUGGACUCAUUUGUUUCAAAGGGCAUGCCAUUGAACCAUGACAUGUUUAGCACUGGAGACGUCGCGCAGGGCUGCGGACAUGCGCCACGCACUGUGUACGAAGGUAUUCGGACGACGGGCGCAGACUUCGUUACCAAUAAAAACAACCGGGGCAAUAUCACGAUCCAGACGGAUACGACUGUGGACAAAAUUAUCUUCACAAAGCAGGGAGAUCAGACUCGUGCGUCAGGGGUUGCGACGAAGUUGGCCGACGGCAGCUCGAAGACUUUCUCAGCUCGCAAGGAGAUCAUCGUCUCCGGAGGAGCAUACUGCAGCCCUGCCAUUCUCCUACGAUCCGGAAUUGGACCCAAAGAGGAGCUGGCGAAGCACAACAUCUCAUGCACUGUCGACUCGCCGGGCGUGGGCAAGAACCUGAUGGACCACCUAAUCGUCUUCAUGUUCUACGAAACCGAAAAAGCAGGCCUCACAAACGAUUACCAUGUCUACCACGGCGACAACUUCGACAAGACCUACGCCGAAUGGAAAGAGAAGAAAUCCGGCUUCCUCUCCACCUUCCCCUUCGGCGCCUUCGCCUUCGCCAGAAUUGAUGACCGUCUCAAGGACGAGCCCCUCUGGAAGAAAGCCCCUCGUCUCCCAGGCCGAGACCCCAUGGGCCUCACUCCCAACCAGCCGAAUAUCGAGUUCUUCACGACGGAAUGCUACGGUGGUCCGAAACAAUACGAUCAAUUCCCGAUUAACCAGCAACAUGCCUUCUCGAUGAUUGCGGAGCUAUUUGCGCCCAAGUCGCGUGGCUCGGUUACACUCAACUCGGCGGAUCCUAUGGAGAACCCCAUUGUCGAUUGUAACUACCUGGCUGAUCCGAUGGACUUGUUGGUUCUCAGUGAGGCAUGUCGAUUUGGUAAUGAAAUUGUUAUGAAUGGUGCUGGGACGAAGGAUAUAGUCAAGGGGUCUUGGCCGCCUAACCUUAACCACCAUACCUACAAGGCCAGGGAGGAGUGGGUACCGUACGUCAAGGAGCAUGCGACUACUUGCUACCAUGCCGCGGGUACGUGUGCUAUGGGCAAGAAAGACAACCCCCCUCGCGGUGUUGGAUGA